AUGCACCUCAUGGAGAAAGGAGAAGGGGAAAAUCAAACGUCCAUCAUGGAAUUCAUCCUCCUGGGGUUUGGGGAUCUCCCCGAGCUGCAGAUCCUUCUCUUCCUGCUUCUUCUAGUGAUCUACAUUGUGACCAUGUCUGGGAACAUCCUCAUGGUUGCGCUAGUUGUGGCUUAUCAGCACCUUCACACCCCCAUGUACUUCUUCCUGGGGAACUUGUCCUGCUUGGAGACCUGCUACCUCUCCACCAUCCUGCCUAGGAUGCUGGCCAGUCUCCUGACUGGGGACAGAACCAUUUCUGUGGAGGGCUGCAUGAUACAAUUGGUUUUAUUUGGUUCUCUGGUAACUACAGAGUGUUAUCUUCUGACAGUGAUGUCUUAUGAUAGGUAUUUAGCCAUAUGCAAACCGCUACACUAUGGCACCCUUAUGAAUGGCAGGCUGUGUCUCCAGCUAGCGGCUGGGUCUUGGAUAAGUGGAUUUCUAGUUUGUAGAAUAUUCAUCUGUCUUAUGCCACAGUUAAUUUUCUGUGGCCCUAAUGAAAUUGACCAUUUCUUUUGUGAUUUCACCUCACUGAUUCAACUCUCCUGCAGCGACACCAGCCAGGUCACCCCAUUUAUUUAUAUAUUUUCCUUCCUAGAUGCCGUUUCCCCUUUUCUCUUAACCCUGGCUUCCUAUAUUUGUAUCAUUGCGACCAUCCUGGUAAUCCCAUCCACCACAGGGAGGCAAAAGGCCUUUUCCACCUGCUCCUCUCACCUCAUUAUGGUGGCACUUUUCUAUGGGACCAUAAUGAUUGUCUACAUGCUACCAAAAUCUGGUACCUGGAGAGCCCUGAACAAAGUGUUCUCCAUCGGCCACACAGUCCUGACUCCCCUGGCCAAUCCGCUCAUCUACAGCCUGAGAAACAGAGAGGUCCAGGAGGCCCUGAGAAACGCUGUGAGGAGAGUUGUGACCCUUACAAAGAAUCCAGAUUAGUUGAAUGAAAUGAGGGUCAAUCCAUUAGGUUUCUGUUGUCAAAGCAGCAGGGCCAAAUGACCCUGAUACAAACGUGCUGUAUGAAAGACAUGCUUGUGCACAUACAUAUUUGUAAAGUACAGAGAUGUUUGAAAAUAUAUUUGGGGGGGAGGGGUUGGCAGAAAAUUUGGACUUUUCAUCAAGGACCCAAAAACCUGGAAAAUGAAAAAGUCUUGUUUUUUGGCAGGCGAAAUUUAAAACCUUCCAGCUGGAAACUGGAAAAAAUAAUUGGCUGUGGUGUUUUCAGGUUCCUGGCCAAAAAAAAAAAAAAAUCAACA